AUGCAGCCGAAGGAUCAGGGCCUUUCGGAACCUCUAGCGGGGGCGUUGGGGGGGCGGCGGCUGGUGUUUCGGAAGCGGUGCCCGCCGCCCAAGUGCUGCAAAGUGGUGGAGCAGGUGGCUCGGACGCGAGUGCGCGAAAAAGCAUUUCAAAAGGCCCCGAAAAGCCCCAACUUGAACUCAGGAAAGGCCCUGAGGAGCUCCCUAGAGAGGGGCAGCAGCCUCUCCGAGGCCUCCCUGCGGGCUGCAGCAGCAGCGGCGCUCGCGGGCCUCGCCGAUCGCUCUUCUGCGGAAAAGCUGCUGCAGGAAAAAGCCAAGUCGGACUUGUUUGCUGCUGAACAGCAGCAAAAGGCGGCGCGCAAGGAGCUGCAGCAGCUGCUCGCAGCAGACCGCCGGGACGAGGACAGGGCCCGCGACUUCCAGCAGCAAAGAGUCGAAGCUGCAGCAGCAGACGCGCAGCAGCAGCAGCAACUUGCAGACUCUCUCCACUUCGAAGAAAAGAAAGCAGCAGAUGCACUGCAGCAGGAACUUGCUGCUCUCGACGCAGAGGUGGCGGCCACAGAGACAGACGCAGCAGCAGCAGGCGAAAAGCUCGACGCGCUCAUUGCUGCUGCUGCUGCUGCAGCAGCAGCAGGCCCUCAAAAGCCCCAAGACGUAGCGCAGCAGCUCGAGCAAGCAGCAGCGCAUGCAGAAGCAGAAAAGAAGCAGCAGCAAACCGAAGAAGCCACUCGAGUGGCGACAAUUGCAAAACACAUCAACCAGAAGUCCCAAAAGCUGCUCGAAGACGCAGCAGCAGCAGCAGCAAGUGCAGCAGCAGAAGAGGAGCCUCCUGCUGCGCUGCAGUCCGUGGGCGCUGUCGAAGCAAAAGUGCUCUCAGCAGCACAAGAAAGCGAAGAAGAGGAGCAGCAGGAACUGGAAGAAAAGGAGCAGCAAACGGCUCCUUUUGCUGCACAAAAAGCCGAAACCGAAGAGGAAAGCGAAGCAGCAGCAGAAGCAGCAGAAGCAGCAGCAGCAGCAGCAGCAACAGCAGCAGAGAAAGAGCCCGCAGCAGAGAAAUCUGAAUCGGAGGAGGCCGAGGAAGCUGCAGCAAACGAAGAACCUGAGGAGCAGGAAGGCUCUCAGGACAAUGCAGAGGAAGAACUCCCCGAGUUCUGGUUCGGCAACCGAGGAAGAGAAGACCAGCAGCAGCAGCAGCAGCAGCAGCAGCAGCAAAAUGGCGCGAAACAAAAACUCUGGUGGCAGUACAUGCUGGGCUGA